AUGACCCAUGAUCAAAUUGCAAAGUUGUCGACCUACUUGAGUCACCAAGUGACGUCGACUAUUCCUCUAGAGAUUCGACCAUCCUCUAUCGCACAUGCUAAACAUGGCUUAUUCACGACUGCCGCUAUUCGCGAGGGCGAGGAAAUCUUUCGAUCUGACCCUUUGAUCACUUGUGUCGAUGAUGGGAUUCAAAAUGUUGUUUGUGAUUAUUGCUUGUCAUAUAGUCGAAGCAAUGUACUACCCAGCGGACAGUUUCGCCAGACCGAGGAAGAGAUGCAGCCUCUCAAAACGUGCAGCAGAUGCAAUGUGUGCUACUAUUGUUCUAAAGAGUGCCAGUUGAAUGCCUGGAGGGGCUACCACAAAUAUGAAUGUCCCAUUCUGAGCAAGAAGAAAAACCUGUUUGUCAGAACGCGAGCCUUAUACAGACUUAUAACUAUGCAAAAGGCCGGGUUAAUAGAUGCCGAACAAUGGGAUGCUGUCAACCACCUCGAAGCCCAUCAUACAAAAUACCUCAGAGGUCCCUUGUCUACGAGCAUAGUUGAGAUUGCAAUAUCUGCAAAGAUGGAGACAAAUAUGCGUAUCCCGGAGGCUCAGAGGAUAUACUGUGCCAUACUCACAAACUCUAUGAGCAUCAAGUCGGCAGAGGGGUCAGCACCGGUUCUCGGCACGACGCUUGAUGUUGUUGGCUCCUUCAUGAACCAUUCAUGCAAUCCUACGGCAUUAGUAUUUUUUGAAGGCAGGCAAAUGCGAGUUCGAUCUUUGCUUCCACUCCGUGCUGGAGAAGAGAUCACUCAAACAUAUGUGGAUCCAUCCGGAUCUGUUUUCCUUCGACAGGCGAUAACCGAAAAAGACUACUUCUUCAAGUGUGUUUCGCCGGACGAAGCUGGAUGGAUACAAAAGCUCGAUAAUUCCCAACAGCGCUUAUUGAAGCUUAUAAACCAUGCAGUCGCUCAACAUAAUCAAACAGAGCUUGCAAAUCUCGAGGCAGAUGCCGAAAAGAUUAUUCGCGAACCGUUUCCAAACGGGGUGUGGCCUGAUGACAUGCAACCCCUGCCUUCGCUCUAUGGUACCUUUGCUCGGAUUUGCAAAGAUAACAACGAUGUCGCAGGCGCAACGCGCUGCUCUCUGAAAGCUUCGCUCACUCUGCGAGAACGCACAGGCGAUAUUUGGGUCCAUGCUUUGUUCGAUACAGUACAAAUCGUAACGUUGCUUUGCUUACCGGAGCAACAUGCGAUUUUCAAAGGAAACAGCUUGUUCUCGAAAGACGAUUGCUGGAACGUCCUCUAUGGUUAUUUGGGCGAGCUGAAGCGAGCGACGACUCGAACAUUUGGAUCAAACUCCACUUAUACGAAGUCAAUCGCUUGGUAUUCAGAGGCUGUCUUAUCUGCCGGUCAGCCUUGUCCUGGAGCUCGAAGGUUUAGGGCUGUAUUCAAUAUAUCUCAAAACAAGCUCCUUGAAUGGGCAGGGAUCGAGAAAAGCAAAGGAAUCGCUAUCUUAGCUGAGUGA